CAGGCCGGAAGUCGGGGUAGAGGGCCGCGCCAGCUUCAGGCGUCACUUCUCACGCGACUUUCUGCGGGAAACAUGGCGGCACUGAGCGGUGUCCGCUGGCUGACCCGAGCGUUGGUCUCCGCCGGGAACCCUGGGGCAUGGAGAGGUCUGAGUACCUCGGCCGCGGCGCACGCUGCAUCGCGGAGCCAGGCCGAGGACGUGAGGGUGGAGGGCUCCUUUCCCGUGACCAUGCUUCCGGGAGACGGUGUGGGACCUGAGCUGAUGCACGCCGUCAAGGAGGUGUUCAAGGCUGCCGCUGUCCCAGUGGAGUUCCAGGAGCACCACCUGAGUGAGGUGCAGAAUAUGGCAUCUGAGGAGAAGCUGGAGCAGGUGCUGAGUUCCAUGAAGGAGAAUAAAGUGGCCAUCAUUGGAAAGAUUCAUACCCCGAUGGAGUAUAAGGGGGAGCUAGCCUCCUAUGAUAUGCGGCUGAGGCGUAAGUUGGACUUGUUUGCCAACGUAGUCCAUGUGAAGUCACUUCCUGGGUAUAUGACUCGGCACAACAAUCUAGACCUGGUGAUCAUUCGAGAGCAGACCGAAGGGGAGUACAGCUCUCUGGAACAUGAGAGUGCAAGGGGUGUGAUUGAGUGUUUGAAGAUUGUCACACGAGCCAAGUCUCAGCGGAUUGCAAAGUUCGCCUUUGACUAUGCCACUAAGAAAGGGCGGAGCAAGGUCACUGCUGUCCACAAGGCCAACAUCAUGAAACUUGGGGAUGGGUUGUUCCUGCAGUGCUGCGAGGAAGUUGCUGAACUGUACCCCAAAAUCAAAUUUGAGACAAUGAUCAUAGACAACUGCUGCAUGCAGCUGGUGCAGAAUCCUUACCAGUUUGAUGUGCUCGUGAUGCCCAAUCUCUAUGGGAACAUUAUUGACAAUCUGGCUGCCGGCCUGGUUGGGGGAGCUGGUGUGGUCCCUGGUGAGAGCUAUAGUGCAGAAUAUGCAGUCUUUGAGACGGGUGCCCGGCACCCAUUUGCCCAGGCAGUGGGCAGGAAUAUAGCCAAUCCCACAGCCAUGCUGCUGUCGGCUUCCAACAUGUUGCGGCAUCUCAAUCUUGAGUAUCACUCCAACAUGAUUGCAGAUGCAGUGAAGAAGGUGAUCAAAGUUGGCAAGGUUCCCAGAACAUCUGCUCCCUGACAUCCCUGCAUCCCUCUCAGGGCUGUUCUUCACCUCCCUUCUCUUGGCUGUUUCAUCCUCUUGAUCUCUUUUGCCUCUUAGAUCCCAUCUGCUGUUCCCUCUUUCCUGCUCCAUCCACUGCCCUUUUCAUGGGCCAUCUGAAUGCAGAACUUGCAGCUCUCCUUGGGGGUGGAACAGCAAGGGAUACAGGCAGGCUGAAGCAUCAGCUUCACCUUCACACCCAUCUCCUUUCCGCUGCGAUUCUUUCCUUCCACCUGGUCUUGUCUCUAUUUCUUCCAAGGAAGGUAGCCACAUCGCGCCUCUGAUCUGCAUUUCCCAUCAUCUUUGCCUGCUCAGCCUCCUGUCCUGCUCUGGCUGCAGCACAGCUAAUAGUAGCUUAAGAGGAGUGGGCAGGUCCAUGUGCUUCCCAACCUGGCUCCUCCUUCCAUUCCUGUGCAUUGCCUCUUUUUUCUGGCUGUCACGCAUUCUUGGAUUCCAUUUCCUCAAUCACAUUGCCCUACCUCCCUUCAUGGGCUCUCUUUUCUCCCUCCCCACGGCUGUUGCCGGUGGUGGCUGUAGGUGCGGACUCGAGACAUGGGCGGCUACAGCACCACAACCGACUUCAUCAAGUCUGUCAUCGGUCACCUGCACCCCCAUGGGAGCUAGAGCCCUUUAUUUCUUCCAGCCUUGCAAGGACCACACUCCCCAUACCCUUCAGUGCAGUGCACCAGGAAAGAGACCUUGUGCCUCUAGGCAGUGGACCAUGGUCACCUUGCUGGGUAGAGCCUAGGUUGUCCUUGGGCCCGCUUCCUUAGGGGAGACUGUUGGGUGGUGAUGGGAAUUGUUAGGCUGGAACCCAGGCCACAUGGAUGAUGAUGAUUCUCCCCCACAGGUUCGAACCUCUGACAUGGGUGGCUAUGCUACUUGCCAUGACUUCACUGAGGCUGUCAUUGCUGCCUUGCCCCACCCAUAGGCCUUGCCCAUACUCAUGUAAGGUGUCCAAUAAAGAACAUGAACCAA